GAACUGUGUGGAUUAACAGUGGUGUGGGUGGAGGAGAGUGCGUCAAGGAGACGGACAAACAGGUGCAUCAAUGACAGGGUCAGCACACAUACCCUCAGCACUCUGCCUGUUUCAUGGUUCUGGCUCUAGGCAGCGGACAGCCGGCUGUUCGUGAUCCGAGCUGAGGAUGCGGGAGCAGGUGUUGGCCUCCUGGUUCCCCCGCUGCCUUCUACUCAUCAUCACCGCGCACACAUCAUCAGUGUCCGCCGACAGAGACCUGCGGCCGUGCGAUGAAACUGACUACUACUACCAGUACACGGAGUGUGACAGCACAGGGUCACGAUGGAGGGUCGCCAUCCCUCUAAGUCCAGGCUCCUGCUCAGACCUUCCACCUCCAACCAGAGGAACAGACUGCUCUUUCUCCUGUCCGGCUGGAAAGUUUUUAGAGAUGUCCACUCAGCAGUGCACACCGUGUGCAGCGGGCUCCUACUCUCUGGGCAGUGGACUUCGUUUUGACCAGUGGGACACCAUCCCUGCAGGCUUCACCAGCCUGACCAGCUUCCUGGACCCUGGGCUGAAUGGAGAUGACAUUCAGGCCUGUAACAGCUCAUCGUGGACGCCACAGGGUGUGUAUCUGGAGUCAAACCGUGAUGAAUGUACAGUAUCUUUGGUUUACGCUGUCCAUCUUGAGAAACAGGGCUCUGUCUCCUUCACCUACCAGUACCCUGACAACAACAUCUUUUUUGAGUUUUACGUCCAGAAUGAGCAGUGUCAGGAAAUGGCCCAGGCCGAUGACCAGAAGUGGAUUAAAGUCACCAUCAAUGGAGAAUGGGACACACACACAGUGAAUCUGAAGUCUGGUAUGAACAUCCUGUACUGGAGAACCACUGGCAUCCUGGUGGGAGGGAAGAUGGUCAAACCUGUGCUGCUCAAGAACAUCCAGAUAGAGGGUGUGGCCUACACAUCAGAGUGCUUUCCCUGCCGACCUGGCUGGUUCAGCCCGACCCCUGGCUCUUCAUCCUGCCAGCCGUGCCCCAGCAACAGCUUCUCCAUAAAGGGGGCGUCCUUCUGUACGCGCUGCCCUGAACACUACUAUUCGCAUGAGGGCUGGGCAGAGUGUAAGGUGCGGCCGCCGUGCUCAGAGAAGGAUUACUUCCAGAUCCACACAGCCUGCGACAGCGAGGGGAAGACGGAGGUGUUAUAUCGUUGGGUGGAACCAAAGAUUUGUGUGGAAAACAUCACCGGGGCUGUAGAGCUGCCCCCAACAGGGCAGAGAGAGCCCUGCCCUCCCUGCAACCCUGGCUACUACAACAGCAAUGACUCCACCUGUUUGCCCUGCCCUCCAGGAACCCACUCUGAUGGCACCUAUGUUUGUGUUGAGUGCCCUGCAGGUACAGAGCCAGUGUUAGGCUAUAAUUACAAAUGGUGGAAUGUGCUGCCUCCCAACAUGAAGACUUCCUGUUUCAACGUGGGCAACUCCAAAUGUGACGACAUGAACGGAUGGGAGGUGGCAGGGGACCACAUUCGCAGUGGAGCUGGCAGUUCAGAUAAUGAUUAUCUUAUUCUCAGCCUGCAUGUGCCUGGCUUCAAGGUCCCAGCCUCACUGUCUGGUAUGACCGCCAGUGAGUUUGGCCAGAUAACCUUCGUGUUCGAGACCAUCUGCUCUGCCGACUGUGAGCUCUACUUCAUGAUGGAUGUGAACAGGAAGAGCACCACAGUGGUGGAGUCGUGGGAAGGCAGCAAGGGGAAACAGUCGUAUUCACACAGCAUGACCAGGAACGCCUCUGUCACAUUCACGUGGGCUUUCCAGAGGACUAACCAUGCUCUCGAUGUGCGUCGGUAUGUCAGUGACACGGUGAAGCUGUACUCCAUCAGUGUGACAAACGUGCUGGACGGGGUGGCGUCAGCCUGUCGGGCCUGCGCUCUGGUUCCCCAGAACUCCCAGCACGCUGGCUCUUCAUGUGUUCCCUGCCCUGCUGGGUUUUACAUCGACAGAGACACCAACCGCUGCCAGGAGUGCCCGCCCAACACACACCUGACAGGGCGACACACCUACGGCCAGGAUGCGUGUGUUACAUGUGGCCCUGGAAGCAUUAGCAACAAGGAGCACUCCCGCUGCUACAGCGACUGCUCCUUCUCGCACACGGAGAACAACAGCACACUGACCUUUGACCUCAGCACUCUGAGCGACAUGGCCUCGCUCACCAUCGGGCCCAGUUUCACCUCCAAAGGCACAAAGUACCUUCACCUGUUCAACAUCAGCCUGUGUGGCCAUGAGGGCAAGAGAGCUGCUGUCUGCAAAGAUAACGUAACUGAUGUGUCCAGCAAAGAUGACCACAGCAACUCGGCUCAGUUUGUAAACUCAGUGGACAGCUUCAUCUGUCAAUCAACCAUCAUACCAGCAGAUGGGCGGGGUUUCAGGAUGGCCAUUUCCUCUCAGUCCAUCAGCCUUGCAGACACUUUCAUUGGAGCGACAGUAGACACCGUCCUGAACGGUGUGAACGCAAAGCCAGAUCUUUUCCCAGAAAACUCGAAGGCUGUUCCAGACAUUAACUUCUUCUACAGGUCAACCCAGGCAACAGCAUCAUGUGAUCAGGGUCGGAGUUCAGUCAUUACUGUUCGCUGUAACCCAGAGAAGUCUGAACGUGGUGACCUCUCUGUGCCCAGCUCCUGUCCUGCAGGAACAUGUGACGGAUGCACAUUUCACUUCUUGUGGGAAAGUGUCAGCGCUUGUCCACGCUGCACCGAGGACAACUACCACCAGAUAGAGGGAGCAUGCAAGGGAGGCGUGCAGGAGAUUCUGUAUGUGUGGAACGAGCCAAAGCUGUGCACCAAAGGAGUGUCAUUGCCUCCUCGGAGCUCGUCCCCUUGUGAGGCCAUCGCCCUGUGGCUGAAGGUCGGGGUUGGAGGCGGAGCCUUCGUGGCCGUGCUGCUCAUCUCCCUAACCUGCUAUUUCUGGAAGAAAAACAAGAGGCUGGAGUACAAGUACUCUCGUCUGGUGAUGUCUGCCAACAAAGAGUGUGAGCUGCCAGCUGCAGACAGCUGUGCUCUGGCUGAAGGGGAGGAGCCUGAUGACGAUGUGGUCUACGCCCAGAAACCCUCCCUGCUGGGAAAACUCCGGGCCAUCGCCAACAAGCACGGGGAUGGAGAGAGCAGUGAAUCAGUGCAGUUGAACUCAUCCCAGCCUGAUAGAUGGGUCCUGGGGUAAACCAGCAGAAUAUAAUGUAGGAGUGUGACUGUCUACCUCCUUAUGUGUCCUUUAAGCCCUCACUUCAUUGUUGGGGGCACCAAUCCAGGCCCCAGUUUUCACGGGAGAAUGGUUGCCACUAUGAUGCUGGUAAAAACUGGCUUUUACUCCUCGAUCCCUGAAGACAGGAAACACUCCUGCUUUAACAGAAGCCAAUGGGUGGCAACUGACAAACACACUUUUAAUGUUUUUUGUAUAUUUUGUAUUUUGAUUUGGUAUUUUCUGUUCACAGUCAUGUAUUUAUAUCAAUGUUAUAAUGAGGGACCUUUAUUAAAGCUCUGUUUGGCUUUGGAAUUUGUGUGUGGAUGUUUAGAAUUCACGUACAUGUCAUGUGCGACAGGUACAAUAUGGGCCUUUUUCAAAGAAGGCCCACUGAAGAAAAAGCACAGAUAUAAGUAAUAAAAU